UCUUGAACCCAACUGAUAGUUCAAAACCAACUAACGCUACAGGAAAUGCGACACAGUUCGAUGUCACCGUGCAUACAGAGAGUGACAGUGCAUGAGGAACUAACGCGAGUCUUAUCAUAACAAUAGGCCUACUAAUAUAACUGAAAUCAAAUUAUUAAGCAUGGAAAACAAAUAACUACCGAGCGAGCCGCCGUUAAAAAUCAAAAAGAAGAAUUACAAUAACGUUAAUGUAUAUUUUUCUUCCUGCGUACACGCGCGAGUCGACGUCGUACGUGCGCGCUUCCGUGAAGCAGUGACAAAGAUGGCGGCCACCGCCGGAUCAGCCGUCGUGGUUCCCCGCAGCUUUCGGCUGCUGGAGGAGCUGGAAGAAGGCCAAAAGGGAGGCGGAGAUGGUACAGUGAGCUGGGGCCUCGCAGAUGACGAUGACAUGACGCUAACUCACUGGAAUGGCAUGAUCAUCGGCCCCGCCAAGACUGUCUAUGAAGGCCGGAUAUACAGUCUGAAAAUAGAAUGUGGACUCAGAUACCCCGAGCAUCCCCCUCUUGUCCGCUUUGUGAACAAGAUCAACCUGAGCGGUGUACACAAUUCAAAUGGUGUGGUGGACAUAAAGGCGGUGACGGCGCUGUCCAGGUGGAAAAACUCCUACAACAUCCGGAUGGUGCUGCAGGAGCUCAGACAGCACAUGAUGAUGAAAGAGAACAACAGGCUCUCCCAGCCGCCCGAAGGCCAGGUGUACAGCAACUGAGGCCCCUGCUGCUGUCCCUCCCUGUCAUCUACACACACACACACACACACACACACACACACACACACACACACACACACACACACACACACACACACACACAUACAGCAUACUCAACACUUAACACUGACUCAACCACUUAAAAACCACACAACCAUCAUGUAAUCCAAGACUCUCGACUCCCACUUCCUUCCUCGGGAGCCUCCCAUUGGACAGAGGGAGGGAUGCGCAGGUGACCUCCUCACCCAGUGCCCAGUCAUCCAUUUAAGUUGAUGGUGCAGACCAAACAAGAAUACUGUACAUCUUACUAAUGUUAUUUUUUAUUAUCUUUGUGUAAAAUAACAAAUGACCUGAUUGAGUGUACCAAUUAUGUGUGUGUGCGCUGGAAUGUUCCCAAGAGUUGGCAGUCCCUGUUAACGUGGUGAUGGAUUGGAAUCAACUCACCACUCAACAAAUAUACUUCUGUAACCCCGACUGAAAAUGUUGGGAUCAUCGAGUUGUUUUUUUAGGCAGACAUGAGAAUCUUGCAGUACUCUGAAACAUUCCCCUCACAGAGAAUAAAAAAAGUACCUUAAAUAACGCUUGGCUUGGUUUCCCGGACCACAUUAGAUUACUUCCACAAUCCCGACGAUGUGAAUUUGACGGGCCUUCCUUAUAAACGAGUGCAUGUCCGGUACACGGGAAUAAACUGCUACUAGACAUUCAGCGAUGUAUGUAUCAACAGGGCACUACUGGCUCAUCACUCAUGUUCUCAGACUUGUCUUCUGUGUGCCAUAUGGUUCAUAGCGCUUUGUGAUAGUGAUUGAUUAUUAGCAGCCAGUGGGAGGGGGUGGGGGGUGGGGAGAGAGGGACGGGGGUCCUUGUGCUUUCUCUCUUCAGAGAACAUAGUUUGUGUGCUUAGCACCUUUCAGGAUCACCACUGUACUGUGGCCUGUGCAGAGCAGGAGGAGCUGUGAUUUUUUGUUCGUAUGCUGUUUUUGGGUCCAUGUUUUGGUUUCUUUAGUGUCUGGGCUGACCUGUGUAUACUCCAUGGAGUCGUCUCUUCUCUCAUGCAGUGAACGCCCACUGAACGCAAUGUACGGCUUUGGAUGUUUAUUUUAUAACGGGUUGAAUCUAAUCAGGGUGAUGGUGACCUGUUGCAUGGUUUUAUUUGAAUUAAACGUUAUUACUUUUGCA